AUGAGAAAUGUCAUAGUUCAGUGUCUGCUCUGUGGGUCCUUGGUAUUUGGGACAUGGACGGCACUGCUCUGUGUGUAUUUUCACCACGACCACGAGAGCGAUGGGCAGGUGGAAAGCCGGGAGCCUACCUCUGUCUGGUCCCUUGGAAAAAAACUGCAGCCGCCAAUUAUCCAUGGCCCAGGGCAGAUACCAGGAUACUCUGUACUAGAGGAAAGACCCAAUGAGAAUGAAAGCAAAGAAUGGAUAGAUACAGAUGUUAAGCUUAUGGACCCAGAACUUCUUCAUGACUUUAGGAAGUAUGGCUUUAAUACCAUGAUAAGUAAAAACUUGGGCAAAGCAAGACCUGUGCCAGAUACCAGGAAUAAAAUGUGCCAUCAAAAACAUUACCUGACCAAACUACCCACUGCCAGUGUUGUCAUUUGUUUCCACAAUGAAGAAUUUAAUGCCUUACUUCGGACAGUGUCCAGCAUCAUGAGUUUCACCCCACACCAACUCCUUGAAGAAAUUAUUCUGGUGGAUGACAUGAGCAAAUUUGAUGAUUUGAAAGAAAAGCUGGACUGUCACCUGGAGAAGUUUCGGGGAAAAGUUACACUCGUAAGAAACCGGAGGAGAGAGGGGCUGGUCCGAGCGAGGAUGAUCGGAGCGGCGCGUGCCUCAGGGGACGUGCUGGUGUUUAUGGACAGCCACUGCGAGGUGAACAGAGUGUGGCUGGAACCCUUGCUGGAUGCCGUCGCCAAGAACCGCAGGAUGGUGGUGUGUCCCAUCAUAGACGUCAUUGACACCAUGACCUUGGAAUACAAGCCCUCCCCUGUCGUAAGAGGAGCUUUCAACUGGCACCUACAAUUUAAAUGGGAUAAUGUUCUGUCUUAUGAGAUGGACGGACCAGAGGGGCCCAUCAGACCCAUCCGGUCCCCUGCUAUGUCUGGAGGAAUUUUUGCUAUAAAUCGGCAUUAUUUUAAUGAGAUUGGACAGUAUGACAAGGACAUGAACCUCUGGGGAGGAGAAAAUUUGGAACUUUCACUGAGGAUCUGGAUGUGCGGGGGGCAGCUCUUUGUGCUGCCCUGCUCUCGAGUUGGACACAUUGUUAAGCACAGCACCGAAAAUCACACCGAGCUUUUCAGAGCCCUGGUGCAUAACAACCUCAGGCUGGUGCACGUUUGGCUGGACGAAUACAAGGAGCAGUUCUUUUUACAAAGGCCUGGUCUGAAAGCCGUUCCCUAUGGAAACAUCAGCCAGCGUGUUGAGUUAAGGAAACGACUGGGUUGCAAGUCAUUUCAGUGGUAUUUGGACACUAUCUUCCCGGAACUGGAGAUCGAAGGGCAACCAAUGAAAACACGUGGUUUCAUCAAUAAAGGGUGAAAAAGCCCCCGAGUCCUCCCACACAGAGAACAGAGUACAGGUUUGGAACAGCAUGCCAUUAUAUGAAAUGCAACAGGAAAUACAACCAGAGGAGUCCACACCGGAACCUUUUUCCUUUCCUCUAAUGCUAGCACUUAAUACGUGGUCUCUCCUCUGCCACUAAAAUUCUGGGAGGGCAAGACCUUGAACCUUAGAAAUGCACACUGCUGCGCAGACAGUGACCUCCAGUGGUUUGCUACACUCACACUCGGUCCUGGGAGGGCCACAGGGACGGCCCCACUCCUGGAGGCUUCGCCAUUUCUAGUCCUACCCCAGACGUGUGACCUGGCCCAGUGGUCUCUCUGCAGGACACUCACAGAGAGCCUUGGUAGGCUGUACCCACUUCCGUUUGGUCUCAUUGGACCCCUUUCUUGCUGCCCAUGUGGAUUCUGGCAUUGACGUCUUGCUAAGCUGUGUUCCUGAGUGUCUGCCAUCAGGUCCACUUGCCUGGGGGCCCCGGACCACAUCCCUUUUGUCCCUGUCUGCCCUUCAGUC